GUAAAGCGUCCAGUAUAAAUAUGGUUGGUGAGCAUCUUCGAACAACGAGCCACUCUUCCAACUCACUUCGUACCGGGAAUAACACCAGUGAACAUGAAGCUUUCAGUCAUUGUUUUCUCUUUAAUUAUUGCCACUGGACUGGCCGCUCCAUUGAAUGUGGUCUAUCCGCACGUGCAGCCAUCUCCGUUUGCUCACGCAGUCCCGGUACAUAUCGUUCACGCUGUUCCAGCCGUUGAGACUAGGAUUCACUAUGCCAAGACUCCCGUAGUAGUCGGUCAUUCUACCCAAAUCCUGAAGCCCAAUUUGAAUCCAUUCGUCGUGGCUCCUCUAGUGGCUCCUUCAAUUGCCGUCGCCGCAUCGUCUGAUCCCGUCGUUGUCGAAGCGAAAAAAGGCGAAGGAAAAUCAGAGACAAACGUAGAGACACCCAAGGAGAAAGCGGCUGAAGAAGUCAAAGGUGUUAAAGUUCCAUUAACAUACGUCGCCCAUCCGUUUGCCUUCGCUGCUCCGGCUCCACUAGCCUUUCCGGCCGUCUUGAAUGUCAAGGCAUCCGUCCCAGCCGGUGAUGCUCCUCCCAUGGAUCAACUCAUUACUAAAGAAAAGGUUAUCGCUCCCGUUCGUGCCAUCUCCGAAGUGACUCCACAAGUUCACGUGCAACAUCCGACUAAAAUUAAUGUGCAGAAGGUCGCAGUCGAAGUGCCAGUGGCUACACCGUACGCUCUUCCUGUUCCUGUUGCAGUAGCGCCUCACUACGAGAUCCACCACGUUCACACUCCAGCACUGACCGUUGUGGCUUAAACAUUUGUGAUUUCUUUUGUUAUGUACUUCAAACGACUGUUAACCCACCUUUCGAUUACACUGUUCUAUCAUGGCAUUGGCAUUACAUCGUUUUUAAUCGA